GUAAGCGUGGUUACUUCCGUGUACAAUGACAUGAGUUGUGCUAGCUUGCUCCAGACAAACAGAGGAGAGCAAACAUGAGUUUGCUUAAAAAUACAAAGAGGAGGCUCAGUUUUCAGCGAGUGGGACCAUCAACUCUGCAUUGCUGUGUGCCUCUGUGUACCUUCUCCUCUCGCUACAAUCGUCUCAUUAGUUUUCAUUCUUUCCCAAAACUGGGCAAUCCAUUGCGUGAACUGUGGCUAGUGAACAUCCGGAGAGACUUUACUCCUACCGCAGGGACCCGUGUGUGCAGCAGACAUUUCUUACCGUGGGAUCUAGUGCAAAAGAGCCCUAAGAGCCUCAGAAGACUAAAGACUGGGUCUGUGCCCAAACUCUUCCACUGGAACAACUACUCCCUGCACUCAGCUGCUACAGAUCAUGAGAGGGACAGAGACCAUGACUACUGUGUGACACAUGGGACAGAGAACAGGGAGGCCCAGCCCAGAGGGGUCCUGCAGGGAGGAGAGCCGGUCCUCCAGAGCCAAGCUGACUGGGGGCUGCUGGGCAGCGGGGUUGGUUUGGAGCGCUAUGCAUGUUCAGAUGACCAUGUGCACCAUUACACCAGAUUUACCUCGUACCAACAUUUCCAACACUUUUGGAGACUGAUUGAGCCUGCAGUGAAGACCUACAUGACCAGCUCUGACGCCUGUGCAGCGGCAGGCUCCGACAGCUCUCUUCACACCACAAAGCUUCCUUUUAUUGAUGAGCUGCUCCUGUUUCUCAUGCACUUGUCAGUGGGCUUUCCUCCUGAAGAUCUUGCUGUCAGGUUUGGUCUUGAUGCUCCAGCGGUGAGCAGGGUUAUUAGUACCUGGGGCCACUUCCUAUCCCAGCUGCUGGGGGGCACAUGUCUGUGGUUGUCGGGUGAGCUUGUGAUGACUCUCCUUCCGCCUGAGUUUGAGGCUUUCUCUGACACUCAGGUGGUGCUAGACUGUGUAGAGAUCUACUGUCAAAGGCCUUCAGCUACUCUGGGGCACACUGAGCAGUUCUCCACAUACAAGGCCCUGGUGGGCAUGGCCCCUCAUGGAGCAGUAACAUUUGUCUCCCCCCUUUUCGCCGGGAUCCUGAGUGACUGUGAGGUGUUCAGACAGUCAGGCAUCACUAGUGUGCUUCAGCCCCACAUGGCUGUUAUGGUGGUCAGGGGUUUGCUGAUAGAGGACGUGUCUCGCUGCAGAGUGCACCGGCCUGUCUGCCUCCCAGAACACACCCAGAACCAGAGCAAACAAAGUGUAGAGCAGAUCCAGGCUAUGGUCCGGCUCAGGAACCAUGUGGAGCGGUGCCUCAGGAGAAUCACAGACUACAAGCUAUUUGACAGGACCGCCCCUGCCCCUGUGUGUGGGAGCAUCCAGGAGUUGUUUCAUGUGGCCUGUUAUCUGCUCAACUACCAGAGCACUCCCCUGGCGCACCCAUGACUCACCAUAUGAAAACAUUCUGAAGUUUUAUGACAUGUGAAGUGUGGGUGGUUUGUUGAGUCUGGUUAUUCAGUAAAAUGAACGUACAAAAGGUGCUCUUGUACAGUGUUCGAAGUGAUUUUCAUCUCCAGGAGGCGCUAACUUUUUUGUACAACGAUAAGGUUCUGUCUGGGUUCAUCUGGAAAGUUCUUCUGAGUUAUUGAGGUUUAAACCACCACUCAUAAGGCACAAUGUAAUUGGGAAAUGUGUUUUUGCUCAUAUCAACCUAAAAAAAAAUUACCAAAUCCUACAAAGUCAUGAUAUUCAGGAAGAACAGAUGAAAAAAUAAAUGUGAUCACUUUAGACAAAAUAUCAGAUACUACCUCAUCAUUUUAAGAUGUUUCCUUAUCAUUGUAAAGGGACCAAAUAUUAAUGUGUAUAUAUAUGUAUAUUAAAGUAUAUACUUGUAUAUGCAUUGUACAUACUAGAUAAUUUGCUCCAGACAGUCGGAAUGUAAAUGUAUGGUUGUUGCUCCAUUAUUUAGUAAAACUGCCCCUUUGUUCGUGAAAUCUAAUAAAGAAAGGGAUUCUAGAAGUACAAAUAAACUUUCAAAGCAAUGUAAAUGAGCCCUCGGACACUAAAUCUGUCAAAGCAAUAACUUAAAGGAACUGUACGUACCCAUCCACUGUGACUAGUUUACCUUUCUUACUCAUAUUUUUCAUUCGUAUUCACUCGAGCCAUUACCAGUUUAGGGUCUUUUGUUUCAACAGUUUUCCCACAACGUCCAAAACUCAAGCCUCGGAUGGAAUUUUGUGAGUAAAAAGUGUUGCUGUAGCCACACAGUGUUCCAUAAUAAUGAAAAUUGGAUCAAAGAAUACAGCAAAACAACAUUAUAGGAGUUUACAAAUUGCUGUCUCAGAAUCUCCAAAAAUGGUAUUUGAGUGAGUAUGAAAGAUAAUUUGUUUCAUUAGAUUUUGAAUUUUAUAUAUCACUGAAAUUCUCACUAAAUUUUUUAACUCUGAAAAAAGAUGUUUGAGUUGCUGUAUUUUUAUUCAGAAUUUUAGUAAAAUUUUUAAGUAUAAUUUUUUAAUGUUUUAAAUUCUAAAUAAAAAUUUCACCUUUAAAUAUUCAGCGCAGAUAUUUUUGAAUGUGAAUUUUACACGGUUGAG